AUGGCCGAUUUGAUCUCUUCAGCAUUUGAGCAUCACAACACGCACCCCGAUCAGAGCAUAAAGUCGGUGACGAGAGAGUUCGAUGUCCCUUCCUCCGCCCUCCACGGCCGCAUAUCCGGCAAACACCCCUCCAACGCGGAUAGCCAGCGCGUGACGCCCAGUCCAUUCCCAGCUCUUCGCCAGCCAAUGCUUACCCAAGCCGUUGGACGUCUCCGCCUUCUGGAUCUGAAAGAGCUUCCCGCGCUGGCUAUCCGCGUUGAAGGGGUGUUUGCCGGAUAUGCGGUCGUGGAGGGUGGAGGAAGGGACAUCGAACUCUCUUGCCACCGACUUUAUGCUCUGAUCGGGGUGCGUGUUGUGAUGCUCAAGUGCUGAAGAGAUCAAAUCGGCCAUUGUCGAGAUAUGCAACGAUAAAGAAAAUGCUUCACAUUAAAUAGAGGAAGAUGCGAUAGGGGGAGUGGCAAACCCUGUCAAUCUUGCCUGACUGCUGUUUGACUAGGCAAAGUGGAGUCAUCGAGGCGAGUGACAAGGUGAUCGACAGCACCGAAGAGGCAUGAG